AGACGUAGGCAUCGAUCAAGCAGUAGCUCUUCUUAUGGCUCUAGAAGAAAACGAAGUCGAAGUCGUUCAAGGGGACGGGGGAAAUCUUACAGAGUUCAGAGGUCUAGGUCCAAAAGCAGAACAAGAAGGUCCCGGUCAAGACCUCGUCCACGUUCCCAUAGUCGAAGCAGUGAAAGGUCCAGUCACAGAAGAACCCGUAGUCGGUCUCGGGAUAGAGAACGACGUAAAGGCAGAGAGAAAGAAAAACGAGAAAAGGAGAAGGAUAAAGGCAAGGACAAGGAGUUACACAACAUCAAACGUGGGGAAUCUGGAAACAUCAAAGCUGGAUUAGAACAUCUGCCACCAGCUGAACAGGCCAAAGCCAGACUACAGCUCGUUCUUGAAGCUGCUGCAAAAGCUGAUGAAGCAUUGAAAGCCAAAGAAAGAAACGAGGAAGAAGCAAAGAGGAGAAAGGAGGAAGACCAAGCCACCCUGGUAGAACAAGUGAAAAGAGUAAAAGAAAUUGAAGCUAUUGAAAGUGAUUCUUUUGUCCAGCAGACAUUCAGAUCAAGUAAAGAAGUCAAGAAGUCAGUGGAACCUAGUGAAGUGAAACAGGCAGCGUCAGCGUCAGGACCGGCGUCGGCAGCUGCUGACCCGCCCAGUGCAGAGAAGGAAAUAGAUGCUAACAGCAUCCCCACUGCCAUCAAGUACCAGGAUGACAAUUCUCUGGCCCAUCCAAACUUAUUUAUCGAGAAAGCUGAUGCUGAGGAAAAGUGGUUCAAGAGGCUAAUUGCUCUCCGGCAAGAAAGACUAAUGGGCAGUCCUGUGGCCUGAGUCAUAUACUUGCGGAUAGGUCGGCAGCAACAUUAGAAAUUUAGGCUUUCAAAUCCCAGUGUCAAGUCUCUAGUCAUAAAAGGAAUUUAGUUGAUUAUAUUAAAAGGUAAUGUCAUUUCAUUCUUUUCUCAUGUGAGCGCGAAUAUUUGUUGAUUUGAAGUAAAACAUUGUGAAUAAAACUAGUAUAGAAUUUAAGAAUGCAUGGAAAUGUUAUUCUGCUAAUAGAGCUAAUAAUUAAAAAGUCAGUGUUAAAAUAAAUGGCACACAGUCGUUUCUAGGUACAAUUCAAAAGAUACCAAGUUGUCCUGUAAAGACACAUGUUGGGUAAUCAUGCAUAUGUAAGAAUCAAAUUAUUUGUUGCAAGUGUGAGCUUUCCUCUUCCUUGUAUUACAAAACCCUUUUUUAAAUAUUUUAUUUCACUUCAUUACAGAGUGUUUAGCAUAGUGGAAAGGACCCCUCACAGUCUAAGUGGAAUCUGCAUGUUAAACUUAAGGGAAUGACAUUUUAUUGAAAAAAAAUUUUCUUGAAACUUAAAUAAAUUGAGAUGAUCAGCUUCAAGUAGGACGGGUGUUCCUUUGAAAGAUGUUAGCAAAUCCCAGCUGGUUCUCAGAAAUCACAUGUUCAAGCUAGACCUAACUAGUUGGCCUGAUAUCCACGAUGGAGAAAUCAUUUCUGAGAAAAGUGGUGAGAGCCCUCACUUGAGUCUUACUUACCCAACUACUGUUCCCUGUGGAGAAAGGCAGCGAGCUAAUUGUUGUUGUGAUAAGGCCGCCUGCCUUUGUAGAACCCCUUGCUCUUGUAGCUAAAUGACAGUCAACUGUGCAUUCCAUACUGAACACGUCAGAGAUAAGGACUGCAGGCCUUGCUUUACAGAGCUGGUUGUAACAGCUGACACGGAUAUUUCUUUCCCGUGGCCAUUUUCUUCUGUUGUCCAGUCUCUAAUUUAGUUUCUGUGAAGACUAGCUCAGAACACAAGAUUUAAAGAUAGACAAAGCAACAUACAGGUCAUUUUAAUGUCAUCUUUUUUACAUUUCUAGAACAACGAAAAUUCAAAUCUCUGUUGAAAAUGAAAAAUAAAGGCUCGGUGCC